GGGGGGAUAUAAUUCCCGAGUUCAGCCUGAGAGGAGGAUGAUCGGUAUUUUUUUUGGGAAAGGGAAAUUUUGGAUUUAGAUUGCCAGGGGAAGAUUGGAGAUAGGAGAAUUGCAGAGGAGUUUUUUUUGGCUGGCGAGAGGAUUGGAGGAUUUGUUUUCAGUUUCCUGGGAAGUGUGUUUGGAGAGCUUUUAUGUACAUUGCCCACCUGCAGAUAGGGGUUUUAUUUCUAAGUCAAAUUUCAUUACGUUCUCCAUUUGAAGAGCUUACUCUGGAGCAGUUUUCUCCAUCUACAAAGUGUGAAGAGAAAUGGGUGCUACAGAAGUGAUCACGCAACGACAGUCUACAUGGAGUCCUUACGACAACAACGGAGGAACUUGUGUUGCAAUAGCGGGGGCCAAUUACUGCGUAAUUGCGGCAGAUAGAAGAAUGUCAACUGGCUAUAGCAUUCUCACAAGGGAUUACUCUAAGAUUUGCAAACUUGCAGAUAAAUGUGUACUUGCAUCUUCAGGAUUCCAAGCUGAUAUAAAGGCAUUGCAAAAAAACUUAUCUGCUAGACAUCUGAUUUAUCAGCAUCAGCAUAACAAGCAAAUGAGUUGCCCUGCCAUGGCACAGCUGCUCUCGAACACUCUUUACUACAAACGAUUUUUCCCAUACUAUUCUUUCAAUGUUUUAGGUGGUCUAGACAGUGAAGGAAAAGGCUGUGUUUACACAUAUGAUGCAGUUGGCUCAUAUGAACGAGUAGGCUAUGGAUCUCAGGGGACUGGCUCGACACUUAUGAUGCCUGUUCUUGACAAUCAGCUUAAAUCCCCAAGUCCUCUGCUCUUGCCAGCUAAGGAUGCUACAACCCCCCUGUCAGAAUCUGAAGCAGUCGAUUUGGUGAAGGAUAUUUUUGCUUCAGCUACCGAAAGAGACAUAUACACUGGCGAUGGACUAGAAAUAGUAGUUGUGAAUGCAGAAGGCAUCAGACGAGAAGAGAUUAUGGAGUUGCGAAAAGAUUAAUUUCACUGCGAAAUUUGGUGCAUUAUUAGUUAUAUUUUAAACUAAUUGUGAAUUUCUGUUGAAUAUUUGAAUCUGCAUUAACUGAUAUUUGUUUGAGACAUACAAAUAUCUUAUUAUUUGUUGCAAAAUUGAGUGUUUAAAUACACUCGAUCUGAGAUAUCCAUUCAAGUUUGGUACUCCUGCAACUUAUUGAACAGUGACAUAUAAUUUUGGCGAUUAGUACAAUGCGUUAAAAGAAACAAAGUAAUUAUCUAUGGAUACUA